AUGUCAAUGGAUUCAGUGCCGGAAAGUCCUAAAUUGUCAUUUAUACAACGUUAUCAUGUGAUACUUAAAGCUCAUUAUUUUCUAUUCUUUGCUGGUUUUGGUGUUGUAUUUCCAAUAUUAAAUUUAACUCUUCGUGCUCAUGGUCUUUCAAAUACUGAAAUCUCGUUGUCGAAUACAAUUCUGCCAUUUUUAAUUUUUGUCUCAAGUCCAUUAAUGGGUUUUAUCGCCGAUAAAUCUCGUCGUUUUCUUUUAACAUUUAAUAUUCUGUUAUUCAUAGUCAUUGGUGCUUUUACGAUUUUAUUCUCCCUGUCACAUAUUAAAUCUCAUAAAAUUCAAGCAGAUUUGCAGCGUUUAAAAACGUCUCAGUACGCUCUGGAUUUUUGCUCAAGUCAAGAAGUUGUUACACAAUGUUCAUCAAGAUUAGAAUGUGGUUGUUCUUAUCAAGCGUAUUGUAACGCAGACGAUUUAACAUUUAAUUUUACAAUGGCACAAUAUUCAUCUAUAGAACAUACAUUAACGGAUAGUCUAAAAUCUAAAUGUGGUAUUAGAUAUCGAGUACCUAUCGAUAAAGAUGUAUUACAAGAUAAAUUAAAUUUUCAGAAUGCAUCGUCCAUUAAAUGUGAAAUAACUUGUUCGAUUGCUUAUUUCUGUCAUGGUUUACGAUAUGCAAAACAAACUAUUUAUAUUUUUCUCCACGCCAUUUUAUAUAUCAUCGGUUCAAAUUUACUCUCAUCUGGAAGUGCUCUCGGGGCGUCAAUUGGUUUUGCUACUUUAGCACGCUCAGAUUUAUUUGGAACACAACGUGUUUGGGGCACAAUUGGCUUUGGCAUACUUGCAUAUCUCACCAGUCUUAUUUAUACGUUCUUCGAAAGUGAAUAUGUCUAUCUGGUUAUGUUUAAUACUAUAGCAACAUUGACAAUUAUUGUAACUAGUUUCAUUCCAUUACAUAAAAAUGAAAAGAAAUCUACUGAAGAAGAACACCCAUUCGAUUUAAAGACACUUGUGCUACUAUUGAAAAAUAUUGAAGUAGCUAUUUUCCUUUCAAUUACAUUUCUGUGGGGAAUGUGCUUUGGCUGUUUCCAUCCGUAUCUCGCUUUAUUCAUUGAUGAAAUCGAUCCAUGUCAAUCGCGUUCGAUAAUUGGUCGAAUGUUCUUAAUCGCAUCAAUAUCUGAAGUUACCGCAUUUUAUUGUGCUAGACGAGUGAUUAAUUUCUUUGGUCCCAAUGGAUCGACUAUUGUGAUAUUUUUGGCAUUUGCUCUUCGAUUCAGUGGUUAUUACUUUUUACCACAGCCCAAUUAUUAUUUACCAAUGGAAACAAUGCAUUUUUUUAAUUUUGGUAUUCUCUAUGUAUUGAUCGCCCAAAAGGCAGAUCUAAUCGCCCCACCUGGAAUGUCUAGUACAUUGCAAGGAGUCGCUCAUGGUGUUAUACAUGGCUUAGGUUGUGGCGUUGGUUUGCUUGUUUCGUCGUAUAUAUAUAUUGUUGUUAAUCAGCGUCUUCUGUUCCUUGUCUUUGCUAUUUUGAAUCUCGUUGCGGCUAUUUUGUAUUCAAUUUACUUUCUAUUGACACGAAAGAAAACUUCAAGUAAAAAUGCGACUGUAUCAGCAACGACUAAUGAUGUAGUCGAAGAAGAUGCCCAUUUAAAUCAAGAAUCUUUACCAUCAUUACCGAUGAUGGAGGCAAAUAAUAACGAAAAUAAGAAGGAUAUCAAUUGA